AGUUUCACAGUCCCGUGACUCCCCCCUGAUCUGAGCGGAGGUUUGACGCUGUUGUAUCCGCUGUCAGAUCCGCUCCGGCCGGGGGGAAAGAGCAGCGCUGGACCCGAGGAGAGAGGCGCCACAUCAUGUCCGUGUAACUCGUCAUGCAGACGGAAACAGCAUCUGACGCCAGACCGUGUGACAUCCCCUAGCAGCAUUCACAGACACAGAGCGAACCGUCCCACUGGCCUCAAGCGGACACCUCACAUCUCUCCCUCAGUACGCAACUGCCCGGACACAGCCGCAGGAGCUUUACAAAUCAGAGGUCCCUUCACCAGCAACAUUAAGACGACGAGCACAUUUCCUAGAAGUCUUUGAGCAGCAGAUUGUCCUGGAAUCACAGACUGAAGAACAUGGAGUGUAAAGUCACACUGCUGGACGGCGCUGACUUCACUUGUACACUGGAGAGAAAAGCUAAAGGCCAGGUGGUGUUUGAUAAAGUCUGUGAGCAUCUGAAUCUUCUGGAGGGGGACUAUUUCGGUCUCGCGUACAAGGAUGCUGAAGGCCAAAAGAGCUGGCUUGACCUCUCCAAAGAGAUGAAGAAACAGAUUAGAACUGAUCACUGCAAUCUUUCCUUCGGUGUGAAGUUUUAUCCACCUGAUCCAGCACAGCUGUCUGAAGACAUCACCAGGUACUUUCUGUGUCUUCAGCUGAGGGAUGACGUGCUGUCUGGUCGGUUACCGUGUUCUUUUGCCACUCACGUGCUGUUGGGCUCCUACACGCUUCAGUCUGAAUUAGGCGACUACGACUCUGAUGUGCAGGGUCCCGGUUAUAUCAGCGAUGUGCGUUUGGCCCCCAACCAGACCAAAGAACUCGAGGAGAAAGUUAUGGAGCUACACCGCAGCUACAAAGGAAUGACCCCAGCUGAGGCCGAGAUUUUUUUCCUGGAAAACGCAAAGAAACUCUCCAUGUACGGAGUCGAUCUGCAUCAUGCUAAGCUGAUUGGCCGAAUGCUUGAGCUCUUUGCAGCUCUGCAGGAGAAGGAUUCGGAGGGUGUGGAUAUCAUGCUGGGAGUUUGUGCCAGUGGUCUCCUCAUUUAUAGAGAUAAACUACGCAUCAACCGUUUCGCCUGGCCAAAAAUACUCAAGAUCUCCUACAAAAGAAACAACUUCUACAUCAAAGUCCGGCCUGGAGAGCUUGAACAGUUUGAAAGCACAAUUGGAUUUAAACUGCCCAAUCACAGAGCAGCGAAGAGACUUUGGAAAGUCUGUGUGGAACAUCACACCUUCUUCAGACUGGUGUCACCUGAGGCUCCUCCCAAAAGAUUCCUGACACUGGGGUCAAAGUUUAGGUACAGCGGCCGAACUCAAGCUCAGACGCGUCGAGCAAGCGCUCAGAUCGCUCGUCCUGCCCCUCAGUUCCAGCGCAUAAACAGCAGACGGCACACGGUGACGCUCAGCAUGGACAACGUGUCAGCGAUGAUCAAUCAUGACAAUGUGAAGAAUUCAAAGCCUCCCGUUGAAACAGAAGACGACCUCAUCAAUGUGGAAACCCUUGAGAAAAAAGCAGAAGAGCUGAACUCUGUGGAGGAGAGUAAAACGAGCCUGGAUGAAUCAGAACAAGCCCCGCCCACUUCUGUUACGAAGCCGUGUCUGUACUCUUCCGAUCCGCUGGGCUCCGAACUUUCCCUCCCUUCCUCACCCGUCUCAUCCACAAAGGUUCGGCGGAGACGUAGGGGAAGCGACCGGCAGCGUGCCGCCUCCGUCAGCCCGGCCAAAACCACGGCAGCUUGCCGCCGGCGUCAGGCGCGUGCCGAUCGUAAAGCCGCUCUGCUGGAGGAGCGAGCGCUCCUGCUGUCCGCCCGCAAACAGAGACUAGAUCAGAAGCGCGCAGGUGGCGGCACGCUCUUCUCUUUCUCUUUGCACCUUCCCGAUCUCUCCUCGCUCCUGGACGAUGACGGAUACCUGACCUUCCCUGAUCUCACAGAACUGCGUUUUCUGCCUGAGAGUUUACAUCACUUCAUGCCCAUUAAAUCUCCCUCCAUCAUUCCCUGUUUCCUCUUCAUCUUCUUCUUCCUCCUUUCCACGUCUUUCUCCGUUCCGUACGCACUCACGCUUUCCUUCCCGCUAGCGCUGUGUCUGUGCUAUCUGGAACCGAAGGCGACGGCGCUGAGCACGACGCUCACGCAAACCUUUCAGGACAGUUCGGAUGAGGAGCAGACAGACAGCGAUCAGACAGAUUUUGCUUGUGAUGACGACACAACUGUGUCUGAGUCAGACUUUGAGGACGACUGUGAGAUCAGGACUCAGAUGUCAGAAGAGGUUAAAGCCGAAGAACCUGAGGAUGUUUCAGUAAAACAGAAUGGAGUGGCGGAUGCUAUUGAGGAACCCGUGCAGGAUGAGAAUGUUAAAUCUGUUCCUGUGGUUCACACUGAAACCAAGACCAUCACAUACGAAUCCUCAGAGGCCGAUGCCAACGGAGACUCAGAUCCAGGAGUCCUCAUGAGCGCUCAGACCAUAACAUCAGAAAACAACAACACGACCACCACCACACACAUCACCAAGACGGUAAAGGAUGGGAUUUCAGAAACUCGCAUUGAAAAGAGAAUUGUUAUCACAGGGGAUACAGACAUGGACCAUGAUCAGGUUCUGGCUCAGGCUAUUAAAGACGCUAAACAGCAGCACCCUGACAUGUCUGUGACUAAAGUAGUGGUGCAUAAAGAGACUGAGCUCUCGACUGAAGGUGACGCGUGAACCGCAGGAAUAACGUCUGGACUUUUCCUCUAAUGGUCAUCAGAAGAGAUCUGAUUUCUCAGACGACACAUGAGGUCAGGAUACUCAUCUGUCAAUCACAUCACUCAACACUGAGAGGACAGAGACCCUCGUGAUGAUAACUGCAGUCAAAAAAAAAACAUUUACGACUGCCAUAAAAUGUCUGAUUUAUCACCAUGAUUUCAAAUGAUUCAUUUUAUGCUCUACAGUCUUAUUUAUAGUCCAGUGAGUCUCAUGUAAACACGUCCACAUUUUACCCCAGAAUAAAGAGAGAUAAAUAAGUCAUUAUAUAUUGCAUAAAGAAAAUGACGCCUGAUUUAGGACCAUUCUGAACUUAAAUUCUUAAUACUGUAAUGGUUCUUCAUUAUUUUUGUUAGAUUGACAUUUAUAUAAAUCAACAGUAACCACGGAGAUGUUACAAUUGUAACAUGUAUUUUUUGCACAUUACAGUAUAUAUAUUUUUGCAUUAUGGAUAUUGAGAAUUUAAGGCUUAAUUUUCUUUAUACAAAUAUAAUUGUACACUGGGGUCAAACCGUAUGAUUCUCUGUGUUUGAUGACAUUUUUAAUUUAUAAAACAGAAGGAAAGUGAAAAAAUGUCUACAAAACAUUGUCUACAGUUUUUAUCACUGCAGUAUUACCGCGGUAAAACACCAGGUGAACAUAUCAGUUAUUUUUAAGCCCUUUAUAUUAUGAAGUAUUAAAGCUUGUUAGUUUGUAUUUCUAUUUGAAUCAAAAGUAUUUUAUCACGGUGUUUGUUUCAUGGUUGUAAGGUUUUUUUUCACAGUUGUGUCGUCUGAUAUGCAAAACGGCAAAAAUGAGCAGUGAUGUUGGUGAAGGGCUUUUAGUAACUUUAUAACUCAAAGAUGUAUUUUUGCCACAGUGUUCAGAGAAUAGACCUGAUGUUGUUUGGUACUUAAAUUCACCCAGAAAUCUGUGUAUCUGGACCUUUGACUAUAUCUUGUCUUUCAUUCUACCUGAAAGGUGAAACGCUUUAGCAUCUCACCACACCUCUCUAACACACACACACACCGAUGAGAAACCAUGACAUCCAAACAGUGAGAAAUGCAACUCUGUGAUUUCUUGUUUGUAUUUUGGAAUAAAAUAUUGUUUGAAUCAA